UCUCUAAUAAAAAGAUAAAUUGCAUCUAAAAAACAAAAUGUCUAGUAGUGAGACUGAAAAUAACGAUAAAGAUGAAAAGAAAUCAUCUAGAUCAAUGAAACUUGUUAUUAAAAAUCAACAAGAAGUAAAAGAAAUGCAGACGGAAAGUUUGUAUAAAUACAUAGACAAUCUUCAUGCUCUGCUAAAAAAGCAAGAUAAAAAGUUAAAAAAAUACAAAAAUAAAAUCAAUAAAUUGACUAAAGAAAUCGACAAAUUGAAAGACACUAGUAACAACGAGCAUUUAUCACCAGGUUUGCAAAAGGAAAGUGCUGGUGCUGAUGGUAAAUCGAAAGGAAGUGAAACAGUGGACACAGACAAGAAAAAUGAAUCGAAAGAAGAUGAAAGCAUUUCUGCUAAAGAUGCAUUCAGUUUUGUAGAUGAGAUGCGACAAGCUGCUCAACAGGCACAGAAUAUCAGCAAUUUUAUUUAUGAGCCAACAUCUGGUCUAUAUUACGACCAGAAAUCUGGUUACUAUUACAAUGCGGAGUAUGGCCUCUAUUAUGAUGGCAAUAAUGGAUGUUAUUAUAGUUAUAAUCAAGAAAAGGACUGCUACGAAUUUCACUCACAAGUACAAGUACAACCGACAGCCCCGGCGAAAAAGGGGGACGAUAAUGACGAUGGUGAUGGUGAUGAUGAUGUUGACGAAGUUGUUUUCGAUGAAUUUGGUGUUGUCACUGACCGUACAAAACUGAAGAGGCUGCGCGAAGAAAAAGUCAAACAAAAACAGGAAAAGGAGCGUAAAUUUAAAAAGAGAUCAUCGAAGGAUAAGGAUAAAGACAAGGAACGCAAGCACAAGAAAUCAUCACAUAAAAAACAUAAACGUUCCAAAAAACAUACUGCAUCUAGUGACGGCGAUUCCGGCAGUGAGGACGCUCAUAAAGAGAAACGUAAAUCUCGAGUGGACUUUGAAGAUGGCGAACUUCCUACCUCAAGUUCAAGUAGUAGUAGUGAUAGUGAAAGUGAUUCCGAGGAUGAAAAAAGUAAAGUGCCCAUAUUUAAAAGUAGUGGAAGAUUCCAAGAUAUUGCCAAAAAAUAUCCCCCCUCCCUACGACUCGUUGUGCAAGAGACUAAUUUGGAUGACCUGAAAGUGGGAAAUCUUAGUUUGAUUACUUUUAAGGGUGGAAGUUUAGGACGUGAAGGAAAUCAUGAUGUCAUAAUACCAGAUGUUAAUGUUUCAAAGUUUCAUUUAAAAUUUACCUAUGACACCAAACAGUCGAUAUAUAAAUGUGUCGAUUUGGGUUCUCGCAAUGGUACCAUUCUAAAUGGUACUCGUAUGUCGGUAUCUAAAACAGAAAGCGAAUCGUAUGACUUGGUACAUGGCAGUGUCAUACAAAUUGCUCAAACUAAACUCCUAUGUCACAUACACGAAGGCAAUAGUACUUGUGGUUUGUGUGAACCGGGUCUCUUAAUAGAACCCCAACAACGCGAGGUUUCAUCUGGAUCGGCAGUUGUACUUUCUCACAAAGAACAGUUAAAGAAAAUCCAAAAGAAAUACGGCUUGGAAAAUGAAAAGUUUGUUGAUUCAAAACAAAACAAUGCGGCUGGUGGUAAUGGUGGAGCUGGAGGUAGUGGAGCAUGUAGCAGUAAGAAUAGUAAAAGCAGCUACCAAGAUCGUGCUGCUAGCAGACGCUUGAAAGUUGGCAGUAGUACAGAUAAAGAGAAAACACAAACUGCUUCUGUUGAUACUGCAAUUUCAAGUGACAACAAAGGUUUUAGAAUGCUUUCCAAAUUGGGAUGGAACAAAGGUGAAGCUUUGGGUAAAACUCAAGAGAGCGGAGGUCUCUUAGAACCGAUUAAUGUUGAAUCGAAUUCUGGCCUCAAGGGACUAGGCUGCGAUGAUCCUACUGCCGGUAUAGCUUUAACUGUGUCAGACAAAAAGAAAUUAGAGUUAAUGAAAAAGACCAAGGAGCGCUAUCAAAAGGCAGACAUUUUUAGUAAUAUUUAUGAUAGCAAUUAAACGUGAAUGUUUAUAUAUUCAAAUAUAUGUAUGUAUUUACAUACAUACAUCUAUGUA